UUAAGUGACUUUCCAAGAGUCACACAGCUAGCUCAUUUAUGAGAGCAGAUGUCUCUUGGCUUGGCUGUCUACACUGAGCUGCUUAGCUGCCCCUUAGUGUUGCCUCUUAAAAGAAAAAUUAAGGCCUGAAUGGGUAGAUGGGAUUUCUGGGUGAGAAAACCAAUGCUGACAGACAUCUUCUCUCUAACUUAUGGUAUGAAACAGUUGAAAGGUUAAGUUACUUAUCCAGAUGAUAGGACCCAUGUUUUAGAAAUGGGACUUAUAUACCCUACCCAAGUCUUGACUUCUGUAACUGACUUUCUACCUCUGUUUUCUCUUUAUUUUUUAAAAAAUCCUAACCUUCCAUAUCUUGGAAUUAAUACUGUAUAUUGGUUCCAAGGCAGAAGAGCAGUAAGGGCUAGGCAAUGGGGGUCAAGUGAAUGAGGCCAGAUUUUUACCUAGGACCUCCUGUCUCUAGGCCUGGCUCUCAAUCCAUUGAGCUACCCAGCUGUCCCCUUUGUUUUCUCUUUAGAGGGAGGGAGAGACUGUCUGUUUUUUCCUACAAAGAUUCUAAAGUAGAGUAUCUUAGUGUAAGAGCAGCAUGCAGAGGUAAGGCUGGAACGCUGGAAGAAAGAAAUGAUUGACAGGCAAAGACCGUUGGAAGAGAGGAGCAUGGGAGAAGAAUGGUGACCUGCGAGAAUUCCCAAAAGAAGUCUGGGCUUUUGAGAUUUGAUCUCGAGUUUGAUGAUCAGAAGUUGACUAUUCUUGAAGCUGGCUGUGGGGUUGGAAACUGCUUAUUCCCUCUUCUAGAAGAAGAUCUCAAUAUCUUUGCUUACGCCUGUGAUUUCUCACCCCGAGCUAUUGACUAUGUUAAGCAAAACUCUCUGUAUGAUACAUCAAGGUGUAAGGCAUUCCAUUGUGAUCUGACCCAAGAUGAUCUCCUGGAACAUGUCCCAGCAGCCUCCAUUGAUGUUGUCACCUUGAUAUUUGUGCUUUCUGCUAUUCACCCUGACAAGAUGCACCUGGUCUUGCAAAAUGUUUACAAGGUAUUAAAACCAGGGAAAUGUGUCUUGUUUCGAGACUAUGGACUGAAUGAUCAUGCAAUGCUUCGGUUUAAAGCUGCCAACAGAUUGGGAGAAAACUUUUACGUCCGGCAAGAUGGGACCAGGGCCUAUUUCUUUACUGAUGUGUUCCUGGCUCAGCUCUUCCAGGCAGCAGGUUUUGAAGAAGUGGUCAAUGAGUAUGUGCUUCGAGAAACUGUGAAUAAGAAAGAGGGUCUGUGUGUACCAAGAGUUUUUCUUCAGAGCAAAUUUCGGAAGCCUCUAAGAACACCUUGAGUCUCGCCACUGUGAUCACAUGCCUUAACCUUCACAGAAUAAUGCUAUAUGGUGCAAAGGGGCACAGUUACAAAUUAGGCUCUAUCAUCACUGUUAUAUAAAACAUGCAUUUUGUCACCAUUUAGGAAUUUAAUUCUUCAGGGGAUCCACCGUCUUACAAAUUAAGAUCUUUCCUCCAGUGGUUCAGAGCACAGACCAUCCUCACCUUGUCAGUGUCCUCCCUAAAUUCUCCAUGAUUGGUCCCCACCCCAUAGUGGAGGCCUUCUUCUGGUCAGCAGUUCUUACCCUGCAUCUGUGACUUUUUCUCAAUAAUAUUCAGUUAGUGUUUCAGCACAAUUGGUCACCUUCAUAAUCUUAUGCAUCUUAUUUCAUGCAUUUAAAAUCUUGAUUCUGAGAAUAGGCAUUUAGAUUUUGUCAGACUCCCACAGGGCCCCAAGACAGAGAUUUAGAAGCCCUGCUCGAGGUCUCUGGGCGGGUCAUUGCUGCCCUGCAAGGGCUCCUCAGCCCUCCCAAUCUGUUCUGCAGCCAUCCCACUUCCUUUUUCAGUCAUUCUAGAAGAUACCUCUGUGCCUAAUACAAGGUAGCCUGAGACUUUGGAAGGUGAAGACAAACAUAAGGGACUUUGGUUCAGUAUCAACCCCCCAUCUUCUCUAAGAAAUGAAGCCCAACAAAACCAAUGUAACUAAAAUUAGAAGGAAAGCAACAAAUUGGGAAAUAAUCUUCAUAACAAAAACCUCUGACAAAGGUGUAAUUACUCAAAUUUAUAAAGAGCUAAACCAGUUGUACAAAAAUUCAAGCCAUUCUCCAAUUGAAAAAUGGGCAAGGGACAUGAAUAGGCAAUUUUCAGUUAAAGAAAUCAAAUCUAUUAAUAAGCACAUGAAAAAGUGUUCUAAAUCUCUUAUAAUCAGAGAGAUGCAAAUCAAAACAACUCUGAGGUAUCACCUCACACCUAGCAGAUUGGUCAACAUGACAGCAAAGGAAAGUAAUGAAUGCUGGAGGGGAUGUGGCAAAGUAGGGACAUUAAUGCAUUGCUGGUGGAGUUGUGAAUUGAUCCAACCAUUCUGGAGGGCAAUUUGGAACUAUGCCCAAAGGGCGAUAAAAGACGGUCUGCCCUUUGAUCCAGCCAUAGCACUGCUGGGUUUGUACCCCAAAGAGAUAAUAAGGAAAAAAGACUUGUACAAGAAUAUUCAUAGCUGCACUCUUUGUGGUGGCCAAAAAUUGGAAAAUGAGGGGAUGCCUUUCAAUUGGAGAAUGGCUGAACAAAUUGUGGUAUAUGUUGGUGAUGGAAUACUAUUGUGCUAAAAGGAGUUAUAAAGUGGAGGAAUUCCAUGGAGACUGGAACAACCUCCAGGAAGUGAUGCAGAGUGAGAAUAGCAGAACCAGGAGAACAUUGUACACAGACUGACACACUGUGGUACAAGAGAACGUAAUGGACUUCUCCAUUAAUGGCUUUACAAUGUCCCUGAACAAUCUGCAGGGAUCUAUGAGAAAAAAAAAAACUAUCCUCAAACAGAGGACAAACUGAGGGAGUAAAAACACCGAGGAAAAGCAACUGCUUGACUACAGAGGUUGAGGGGACACGAUCAAGGAGAGACGCUAAAUGAGCACCCUAAUGCAAAUACCAACCACAAGGAAAUGGGUUCAGAGCAAGGACACAUGAGAUACCUAGACAAAUCGCACGUCGGCUAGGGGAGGGGUGGCGGGGGGGGGGGGGAGGAGGAAAAGAAAAUUAUCUGUUUCCAAUGAAUAAUGUAUGAAAAUGACCAAAUAAAAUAAUGUUUUAAAAACUAAAAAUAAAAUAAAAUAAAACAUACAUAUUAAACAGCCAAAAAAAAAAAGAAAUGAACCCCACUCAAGGAGGAGGCAUGUGGAAGCCAUAAUGGAAGAAACCAUGUGAUGCCAGUCCACUGGCAUGUUGGGGAGUUGAACCCUCAGGGAUAUAGUAUCAGAGGAUGUAUGGUAACAGGAGAUAGCCAAGGUUGGCCUGAGAGCCAUGGACUUUGUCCCACUUCCCAAGACCUGUAAACACAAUAGCUAGUUUGCAAUAUGAGGCAGACAUUGUGAUAAUUAAAAUGUUUUGGGAGCAAGGGAAAUAUAUAACAAUUAUGACCUCUGAAAUAUGUUUUUUACUGUGUCUUGGUUUUAUAUAAAUAUAAGAUGGUUGCCAGGGAAUAUAUUCCCAAUUUAUGAAUAUGCCCAAGCCAACUGGGUUUUAUAGAGAAAUUUAAUUUAUAAUACACUGAUCAAUCAAUAGAAAAAGAGAGAAAGUAAGGAAGGAAUAAGAAUGAAUAAAUCAGUUAGUUGGUUUUAUCACUCACCCAAGAUCUCUCUAGGUAAGGCUUCUCAUGCCAACCUCAGGCUCCACCUUCAAGAGAGCCUCCUUUCACGAAAUGUUUCCAGAGAAUUCUCCUUCAGAACCAGCCUUCUCUCCUGGUCCUCCCACAGAGCAACCUCCUCAGUCCUCCUUCAGAGCCACCUCACUCAGAGCAAAACCUCCUCCUUCCUCCUCAGACCCCGCUAUCUUUAAGGAAACCAUCUAAGUCCCCUCCCCUCAGUUCUCACAUCUACCGAUCACUGUCAAUGUCUCCCCUGUGCCAAUGGUGGCUCUAGCUUAACCCAGGACUGCCCAGAGGUCUGUUUCCUUUGCACAUGUCUGUUGUAGGUCAUAUUCUCAAAUAAUUAAAUCUUGAUCUAUGCUGCAGCCCUUCCUAAAUCCUGUUAGACUGAGUAGGGUAGAGAUUGUAAGUUCCAAGACCUGGUUCUGUCAUUCCAAGUAUCUCUAUUGUAUCAAUUCUAAAAUCAAUCAUGACUCAAAGAACUUCCUGUUCUAUGUUUAAGCAUAGGUCAAAGCCCUUUCCAUUGUUUAGCAAAAGGUUUCUGUCCUAAAGUAGUCUUAAGUAGGGAGAAGGACCCUCCCAUGCCAAGGGUUUUCACAUUCCAAUAGAGUUCUUACUAUCAGUAGGAAAUUUUUCAAGUAUGAAAUUUCCCAAUGGGGAAAUUUCCAACAUUCAUAAGUCUAAGAAAUUUUAAGGUUUACAACAUAUAGGAACCAUAUGUAUGGAUCAAAGUGGGAGAUCAAAAUUACAAGACACUCAUUGAUAUAGGGGCAGCCAAAUCUGUAUUAAAGUCAUUCCCAGGGGACACCACGAUAGAGGAUAUGGUUUCAGUGGCAGAUGCUACAGGACAGAUAGAAUGAGUCCAGCAAUUGAAAUCUAAGAUGGUAAUGUUAGGUCCACUGUCCAUUGACCAUACACUCCUAAUACUAGGAUGUCCAGACAACCUGUUGGGACGUGAUUUUCUUUGUAAAAUUGGAGCACCUUUACAAUGUGAGCGAUCAGGGAACAUAUACCUCCAUUUACCAAAACAAUCCAUGAAAUAUUAUCUUCUAUUAUUUUUGGGACAGCUUGAUGAGACCACUGACCAGCAGAAGGCUAUUGCAUCUCUUUAUGACAUUCCUACAGACAUUCCACAGAGUGUAUAGGCAACACAUAAGAAUGAUAUGGGAAUGAUUCAAUCGGUACAACCAGUAAAGAUAGAAGUCAAAGAUUGUAUACCUCCCAAGAUCCUUCAGUAUAAGCUCAGCAAAGAAGCUGAAGAAGGCAUAACACCUAUUAUCAACAGCUUUCUGGAGCAGGGCAUAUUGAGACACAGUGUCAGAAUAUAAUAGCCCAAUACUAGUUAUUAAAAAGAGCAAGCCAAAUUCUGAUGGUACAGUAAAUUGGUGAUUUGUGCAGGAUCUCAGAGCAAUCAAUAAUAUAAUCAAGAAAACCCAUACCAUCACACCAUCUCCCAUUGACAUUAAUUCUGAGAUUCCUAGCAAUGCAUUAUGGUAUACUGUAAUUGACUUAAGCAAUGCAUAUUUUAUGAUUCCUCUCCAUCCCGAUAGCCAAAAUAUAUUUGCAUUCUCUUGGAAGAAAAAUCAUCUCUGCUGGACUCGUUUAGUGCAGGGCUGCUGUGAGAGUGCAUCGAUUUUCUGCCAACUGCUGAAAAGAGACCUAGAAAAUAUAAAAUUCAAACACAACAAGCUAGUGCAUUAUGUUGAUGAUCUGCUUCUGGAAUCCCCUGAUGCAAAAACAUGCCUAGAAAACUCAAAGAGGCUGCUAAUUGAAUUGUACAAAAGAGGACAUAAGGUCUCAAAAACAAAGUUGCAAUGGGUUCUCCCAAAAGUCAAGUACCUAAGUUUUAUCCUGGAAAAGGGCACCAGUAAAACAUCCAGUAAGAGAAUAGCAGAUAUACAGAAACUAGGUACCCCACAUACAAAAAAAGACAACUUAGGGCAUUCCUGGGCACUACUGGGUUCUCACGUCAUUAUAUUUCAGGAUAUUCACAUAUUUCCAAGUGUCUCACAGAUCUGACAAAAGAUGAAGUUGAGGAGCCAUUGAAGCUUACAAAAAAAAAAAAUCUACAUGCUCUGUCCACCUUAAAACAAACUAUCCUAACAGCUCCAGCCCUUGGCAUUCCAAAUUAUAACAAAGAUUUUCAUCUAUAUGUCCAUGAGGCUAAGGGCAUAGGUUCUGGAUUGCUAGCCCAAUAUCUAGGAUUGAGUUUAAGACCUAUUGCAUAUUACAGUGAAAUUUUGGACUCAGUGGCAAAAGGCUUGGUGCGUUGUCUGCACAGCAUUGCUGCUGCUGCCCUCAUGGUUAAAAAAGCUAAUGAGUUAGUGCUGGGAUGCAAGCUUCAUGUUUACUCUGCACACCAGCUAGAAAAAUUGCUAAAAUCACAGAGUAGGCAUGCAUUCACAUCUGUAAGGCUAUCUCAGUACGAAAUCAUUUUGCUGGCAAAUGACAAUCUGUUUUUGCAUAGAUAUGCACCAUUGAAUCCAGUCACAUUAAUCCCCCACCUACCAUUGGGAGAAAAGCCCAUACAUGAUUGCACACAGACUGUAGAAUCAGUACAUAGAACCAGAAAAGAUCUGAAGGACACUCCGCUCAAUAAUCCGGACCUUCAGAUAUAUUUGGAUGAUUCUUCAUAUGUUUUCAAAGGCAAAAGAAUCACAGGGGCUGCAGUUGUGAAGGGGGACAGAACCCUCUGGCAUGUGUUGUUACCAAGUCAUGUCAGUGCUCAAGGAGCUGAGCUCAGAGCCCUCAUAGAAGCAUUGGUGCAAUCCAAAGUUAAAUGGGUGAAUAUAUAUACGGAUUCAGCUUAUGCCUUUGGAAUUUUAUUUACCACAGGACAAACUUGGAAGAAUAGGAGAUUUGUCAACAUCUGGAAAAAGGAUAGCAUAUGAGAACCUCAUAAGCCAACUCUUAGAAGCGGUGAACUUGCCAAAGGAAGUGGCAGUGAUCCAUUGCAAGGCUCACUUCUCUGGCAAUGGCGAGGUAUCCCUAGGAAAUCACAGGUCAGAUGUAACAGCAAGAUUCGCUGCCAGAUUUGGUCCUAUCCAUGUUCUGAAUUUCUCUCGAUCUCAAACAAGCAUACUGCCAAGAGGAGAUUCAGUCAUGGCAAGAACAUCCAGGAGCCAGAUUAGUCAAAGGAAUCUGGUUAUCACAAGGAGGAAAGCCCAUCUUGCGCAAAAGGCUGUACCAGCAUCUAUGCAAUAUGAUUCACUCCAGAGGCCAUUAUGAAGUGCAAUCCAUGCUGGAUAAGGUCCGCCGGUUUGGGGAAGCUCCAGGGAUAUCAACAACUGCUAUAAGAAUAUGUCAGACAUGUGACAUCUGUAGAAAGUUUAAUCAAGGUCAUUUCAAAUGCAAGGCAUUGGGAGGGCAACCCCUAGCUUUUAUACCUUUUCAGUGUCUGCAGAUUGAUUUUAUUAACAUGCCUGGGGACCGAGGAUAUAAAUAUGUUUUAGUCAUAGUGGACAGACUCACUCGAUAGACAGAAGGAUAUUUAUCAAAGAAAAACAACACUGGCAUGGUAAUGAAAACACUGCUCAAAGAAAUAGUUUCUAGAUACAACAUUCCAAAUGCCAUAGACCCAGACAGGGGAAGUCACUUCACAUCUAGCAUUUUACAACAAGUGUAUAAGUCUCUAGGAAUAAAGGGUAAUUCUCAUAAUGCGUAUAGACCAGAAAGUUCAGGACAGGUGGAAAGAAUGAAUAAGGAGUUAAAAACCACAAUAGCUAAACUUUGUGCCCAAACUCAUCUUAAUGGACAGAGGUUCUUCCACUUGUGCUGUUCUAUCUGAGGACAAAAACCAGAGGAGACUUACAUAUUUCCCCAUAUGAGAUAUUGUACAGAUAGCCAGUAUGGAUAGGAAGAACCACUAAACCAUCUUAUCUUUCCAUGCUGGGAGGGGAAGGCCAGUUGCACACCUAUCUGAUACAGAUACAAAAUAGGCUGGAAGAACUGAGAAGGCUGGGACUACUAGUGCAAAGGGUCUCACUAGAUUUCACAUUACAUAACAUAAGACCAGGGGACAAAGUAUAUGUAAAAAUUUUGCCAAAGACAAACCCACAGAGCCCAGAUGGAUUGGUCCAUAUGAUAUAGCUCUCACCACUCCUACAUCGAUCAAAGUAGUAGGAAAAGAUUCUUGGCCUCAUGCAUCUCAUGUUAAAUAUCACUAUGCCCAUGAUAACACACUGAAAGACAACUUAAUGGAAGCCCAAGAAUCCGUUCAAACAUAGAUGCCCCAAGAACAACCCCUGAUAAAUAAACAUAAAGCCUAUGAAUCCAAAAUUGCACAAGAAGAAAUAGAGAUACUGAACAGAGACAAUGAAACUGGAACAGAAUAAUGCCCAAGACAGUAUAAAUUUGCGUUAGAUCAGGAAGGAUUAGUAUAGCCUGUGAAACACAGGAGAAGAGGUUCCUUGCGGAACCUGGAGUUUAUUUGGGUGGAUUUAGAAUCCCUUAGAAUUAUUAAACCUAUAUACAAAUUUCAAUCUCAAGCCUAGACUAAAAUAUCAUUAACCUCUACAAUCAACCACAUAGGAAUAGAAUAAUCGCCUUACAAUUGCAUAUUACAAAAGUUACCUACAUUCAUUACAUGAAAAAAAAAUCUCACUUGCACACAUGAGGAUGGCACAAACAUCCUGUAUAAAGUUUUCACUCACAUUCAUCAAAAUAUUCACUCUUACAUGCACGCACACGUUAAUCUUACACACAUGUUCCUGUAGAUCAUCUUUCAAGGUGAGACAACAGGCAAGUAUGUAUCCUGUAAAGAAGAAGGCACCCUGGACCUGUGACAAACUUCAAGCAAUACCAAAGGAUGGAAGAUGCGUGGACAACUGGAAAGAACUUUGAAUCAAAGGCAUUAUGGGGAAUGAACUUCAGGAAAAUGGGUCACGUGAUAUUAAUCACCAAUCACAUUAACUUUACAUAUAGGGAAGUACAUUCACAUGCACAUUGGAAUAAAUAUGCAUCCACCAUGACAUAUCUAGAACAUGGACAAAUUUUAUACUGACAUUAGGGGCUGUGCCGUAAAUAAAGACAACCCAUAAAUUGUAUAUCUGUAAAUAAAUCUCUACUACCAGAGGAUAUAUAUGUAUAUAUAUUUAAAUAACAUGUGACAUAUGUAAAUGUGUACCAAUAUCAAACAUGCAUAUAUGUAUAGCAUAAUGAUCUAAUCCAGUAAUAUAGAUAGAAAGGAGAGUUAAAAUACUAACCAUUAAUAGUCAGGGAUAGAGUAGUUUAGGGUGGAAAAGGGAAUAUUGUAAUUAGAGGGGUAAUAAAUCAGAUUUCAUUAGAUGCAAGUUAAUAUAUAUAUAUAUGUGUGUGUAUAUAUAUAUACAUAUAUAUACACAGCUAUAAAUGUUAUGAAUUGCUACAUUGGAAUUAGCAUUAUAUAAGGCAUAGGAUAGUUCAAUUUUACUUAAGAUUUAAAUUUUAUAUUGAUUGCAAUAGAAAUGACUUUUGUAUUAAGAAAUUGUUAUAUUGUAAAAAUUUUGUUGGCACAUAAUCCUAACCCUCUUCCCACAACUCAGUCUUAGCAUAAGAUAGGAAUUUAGAUUAGCAAAUAGACAGAUUAAGAUAAGAUUUAUCAUUUUGGGAGGGGGGAGGUUAGAUGGGAACAAUAAGUAGCAUAGAUAGAUUAGAAUAGACAUAGAAGAUAAGUAACUGGUGUGGGCCAGGGUGGCACCACACAAACAACAGGAAAUGGAGGAUUUGUGACAGAGGCUAGCACUAGAGAAAAGUGCCAGGUUGAAGAGUAUGUGAAAUUGAUCACCUUGACAAGGGAGGGGCCCCAGGAGUGAAAUUGAGAGGAAGAGAAGACACUGACUGGGAGAGUAGUGAGAGCGCUCAGUCUUGAGAAGCUGAAGAGAGAAGUUGGAAAAAAGACUUUCUCCUGAGGGUUACCCACUUUUCCUGCUGGUGACUGGAAAUCCUUCCCCCCAACACUUCCUAAUUGAAGGGACUUCUGAAGAGAAACCUGAGCAGACUUUACCUCAGCUCCUGUUGCCCAGGGGUGAAUCAACCAGACUUUUAGGGGGCUCAGGCUACCAAGGCCUGAGUUCCCCCCAAGCUCAAAGAGGGAGGGGAAAGGGUUUAGAUAGAGACAGGGACACCCUUUUCCCCCUUUCCCUUUCCCAUUCUUCCCUGCCUGUUAUUCUUUUUGUAUUAUCUGAUUGAGUUAUCAUUAAAAGUUAUCUGUUAUCC